AUGCUUCCAACACGCUCUCCGCCGGGCUCCCGCUUCCGCGGGGGCAAACGAUUAUCUGGCCACCUGUCACCGACGAGUGUUUGCUCACCAAAGCGCACAAAAGCAACCCCAAGGUUGCUGGAUUAUGACCAAGUGCAUCAGUAUAUUCUGCUCGCGGCUGCCAUGAUACUUUGUGUGCCCAUUGAGAAGCUGCUCGCCUUAGCGCGCUUUUCUCACUCUUCCUCCAGGAACUCCAGCUCCGAACACCUAGACGACUCCUCCAACUCGAGUUUCAAUGAUCAUGCCGACGGCUUCACUCCGCCUCAGACUUCCGAGUCUGAAAAAACCACCAAUUCAUACGACUUUCCCCUCCCGGGAGGACCACAACCACCAUCCGCAGCAUUUGAAGGUAAUGACCCAAGGCCUGACCAAGGCCUGAAAGCCACGGAUAUGAACAACAACAUCGACCUGUUUGCAUCUACAGAACCAUAUCCGACUCCUCCCCAUUUCCAACAGAGUUUCAGCGCCUCCGAGGUUGGUGACAUGUUCAUGGCCAAUAGUAUCUGGCAGGAACAUCCUGGAUCCGACUUCUCUCUACCCCCAUUCAAGGCACAGUCGACUGGAAAUGAUCCUACCGCCUUUGUACCAUCAACAUCAAGCCCGGCUGAGCUUGGCAACCUUCCGAUUCCUAACUAUGGAGCCGCACUUCAGCUUGAAGUAGAUCGGACUUUUCAGGACUUUCAAGAGCAAAAUUACCCGAAUGUUGACUGGAGCGUUCUCGCUCCAGAUGAUGAAAGCACGAGCAUGGACUUUCUUGUUCCUACGCUUGAUCAUCAGGGCGAGCCGUUUCACUUCCACGGUACUCAAGAACUUUCAGAAACGGCUUCCGCUCGUAAGGAUGGCGGCGUAAAGGGCAAGCGUCGUGGCCCUUUUCGGGUUGCGGAGCAAAGACAAGAGACAGGAUUGACGAGGAAGCUUGGAGCUUGUAUCCGCUGUAGUAUGCAGCGUGUUAGAUGCAUACCUGAUCCAUCGAGUCUUUCGGGCUGCUGUCGAACCUGUAUCCAGUCUUCACAGAGACCACGCUGGCUACCAUGCCUUCGUUACAAGAUUACAGAUGCAGAACUGCUGGAUCAUGAUGUUUGUCCAAGACCGACAUGGACAACGCGAUGGAAAAAGAUGGAGUUGAUAGACAUUACCAACUGGGCAUCAAGUGCCGUUAAAGAAAUUCAGGUGACCCAAGGCGUUGGAAACACGUCUUAUACUCUGCAAGUCCGACAAUUCAGGCCCGUUGAAGGCGAUGCGCUCGCUCGGCAUUGGAAGAUCGAUGGCAAUCCGUACACGUAUGAAUGUGCCCCUUACGCUGUUUCGAACAUGAAGCAAGCCGGAAAAACACUGCGCGAUUUUGCACAGAGCUCUCUCACAGCAGCCAUCCGCUUCUGGGUUGACGAUCAGGAUCCAUUGCUGCGUAGGACUUACAACAUGGCGUACAUCUAUUCGAUUAAUGCCGAGCGCGAAGAAGAUCGAAGCCUUCUGGCCGCUACACUGCGUAUGUGGGCCGCCUCUCGUAUGAUGUCUCGGGCCGCACAUAUCUGUGGCACAGAGACAUUGGGCAUGCAGGCACGAGACUAUGGACCAAAGUCUGCAAGUAGCGGAAAAAUCCUCAUGCCCCCGGUAUUUUCUGCACAGAUGGAGGUUAUUAUCGUAGCAGAGAUCCUGCAACCAACCAAGAAGGAAGUUCUCAAUCGACUGAAAGCCCUCGUCUACGAAAGCAACCGACGGUCAUGGCUUGCCAUAUAUCUUUGCGUCUUCUUGCUGCUUCACAGCUGCGCGCUACUAACGAAAAGAGACCAUGAACGAGCUGUAAUGCAAGGUGUCCAGCGACGCUUCUAUCGACCCCGGCUCAUAGAUGAAUUGCACAAUGGUGCCAAGAUCCUUCUGGCAUACUUCCAUUUCUGCAAUAGAGGUACCUAUCCUUUACACAUGGACUGGACGUCUGCCGAUCAAAUCGCACUUGCCGAACUGAAGCCAGAACAAAUCGAGUUCAUGCGCGGGACGGUCAAGGAGCUCGAAAAGAAAUCCGCCCACUUCAAGACCGUCCUUGACACGUGCGCUUACGAGGACGAAUAUUACUUCAUCGCCCAGCUUUGCGAGCGCGACUGGAAACCGAGGCACACGGUCUGAAUCUACGUGACCAAUGAAUUUGAGAAAGCACACUUCAACAUUAUCUCUAUCGUUAUUAAUAUGCAGCGAAAAAGGACGCGGAAGCAGUUAAUUGGCUCCUUCUAAGGUAGUCUUUACGCGAAAUUAACAAGUCGAGUUUCGCGGCAACGAUGUGACGACUAAAAGUUUACUGGGUCUGGCCAGGUGCCUGGAUCACGAAGGAGGAGAGAUAGGUGCCAACUGAGUCACUAGCGGGGGUUUUCCUCCUGGAUCGCGUGUAACAUGUAAUAUCUCUGCAUGCAAUAUUUCUCUUAACCUCAAUUAUGAACUCAAAGACAC